AUGGGAUAUUAUCCUCCGUUCUAUUACGAUACAUAUCAGACUGAAGACGUUGAGAUGUCCUUUGAUGGAGGACGGCACCAGAGGCAAUAUGCGGAUAGAGUUCGGCAGCGCCAAUGUCGGGCCAGGAAGAAACGCCGAAUCGACGACCUGGAAGACGAGAUCCAGACUCUGCGUGCCCGCCUUACACAGGUUGAAGAGGAGCGGAACACUCUCCAGGCCAUUGUGGACGAGAACGGAGGGGGAUCCAUUCUGAGAGACGGGGGCACAUGGGCGGCGCAGGCCCCAGACGAGGGAGUUUCUUCUAUCAACACCCAACAACCGUACACUACGUUCAGUAAGAGCUGCGGUAGUGGCGUCGAAAUCCUAGUGCGACAGGGAGAGGAGCGUACCAAUACCCCCCUUUCGCAGCAAAGUAGCCGUCUAGAGGAGAGUCUGGCCCUCACCCUACCGAUGCAGCCUCCAAGGGGGAUCCUGCUACCAGCUUGGACAAGACUCCCGCCCAGCACGCCUACGUCGUGCCCUCUCGACACCGUGCUGGCGGAGCUCGAAAUCAUCGGCCGCCGGGCAGAGGCCAAGAAUCUACGGAUUCCCGAGUUUAUUUAG